AUGGAAGGGGAUCUAUCUCUCGAGCAACGUAUCAGCGAUGAGCCUUCGACCGAUCGUACUCUAGGCAGUGCCAAUGGGCAUGACGCUGAGGCGGACCAUCUUGAACCCCCAGCCUCAGACGCGGAUGCUGCCCAGGAAACCGAUUCUCCCACAAAAGGUGGUUAUGGUGGCCGAUGGAAAGCGCAGAGAGAAGCGAAACCUAAUAAGGUCUACAUCGGCGGUCUGCCCGAAACCACACGCGACGAAGAUCUGCAGAACUGCUUUGGCAAGCUUGGUAACGUGGUCAACAUUGAGCUGAAGCUUGGCUACGGCUUUGUUGAGUUUGACAACGUGAAGGCUGCUGAAGAAGCUGUUGCUAAGUACAACGAGGGUUAUUUCAUGGGCAGUAAGAUCAAGGUCGAACAGUCUCAUGGCGGAGGGAGGACAUCCAAGUACAGCAACGAUCCUGGUGCAUGUUUCAAGUGUGGUCAACACGGCCAUUGGGCCAGGGAGUGUCCGAACGGUGGUACCAGUAUCCCGGGAAGGAAAUACGGUGCAUAUGGUCGACAAGACUCGUUGCUCACCCGUAUGAACGGAACAAAGGACUAUGGAGCACCUCCCAGGGAUGCAGGGCGCUUUGACGACAGGGAACGGUACCCCCCUCCUCCGCCUCGUGAUGGUCGGUACGACUAUGGUCGUCCUCCUCCCCCGCUUCGUGAUACUCGUGACUACAGAGAACCUAGAGAUAUUCGGCUCCCACCAUCUCCUCCCCGUGAUUAUCCUCGUGAAUAUGUUGGUGCUCCUCCGCCUAGGCGCGACUACUAUGACGAUUAUCGAAGGCCAGAGGGAAGGGCUCCGCCCCCUGCUGUUCCGCCUCCCCGCUACGAUGCUCGUCCCUAUUAUCCUGAGGCGGCUUAUGCACCUCAGGCUGCUGGUUAUCCACCUCGUAUUCCAGACUAUCCUUCGGUGGCUCGUCCCCCUAUCGGUGACCCCUAUGCUCCUCGGCCUUACGAGCGCCGUGAUUCAGGUCCUGGUGUUCCUCCUCCACCAGCGGGCGAUAAGUAUGGCUAUCCUCCUGUACCUCCUCCCGGACGGCCUCGCUCUCCUCCUCCAGUGAGGACUGGCCCCCCGCGCGAUGACUAUGAGAGAGCUCCGCCUAGGGACUACGCGCGUGCACCAGACUAUCGCGCUCGGUCUCCUCCCCUGUCUGCUAAUAGUGCUGCGCGUUAUCCGGAGUAUCCACCGCGUGAUGCGACAGCUAACGGCUACAGACGUCGCUCCCUCUCUCCGCGUGCUGGCUCCUACCGAGGCUAUCCUGACCCGAAGACUGCUGGUGGAGUGCCUCCUUACCCUCCAACGAACGGAUACUCUGAGCAGUCCUAUGGAGGUGCUGCUAGCGCUGGGAGCCGUGCUCCGCUUCCUAGAGAAGCUCUUCCUCCACGGGACAGAGACUAUCGUGGAAUGCCUCCCUCCGAUCCAAACUACCGCCGUCCAUGA